AGGACUCAAAUAAUAUAAUGAUAACGAUUAUAAAUGAUAAUGGUAGGCCGCACGGUGGUCUAGAUCGUUAAGAUCUGGGUUCGAUUCUCCGCUUAGGCAUUUCUGUGUGGAGUUUGCAUGUUCACCCUGUGCGUGCGUGGGUUUUCUCCGGGUACUCCGGUUUCCCUCCACAUUCCAAAAACAUGCAUGUUAGGUUAAUUGGUGACUCUAAAUUGUCCAUAGGUAUGAAUGUGAGUGUGAAUGGUUGUUUGUCUAUAUGUGCCCUGCGAUUGGCUGGCGACCAGUCCAGGGUGUACCCCGCCUCUCGCCCGAAGUCAGCUGAGAUAGGCUCCAGCAUACCCCCACGACCCUAAAGAGGAGAAGCGGUAUAGAAAAUGGAUGGAUGGAUGAUAAUAGUAACAAAACAUCCUCUUUUCUGCACCUUUAUCCAGAUUUGCACCAAUAUACUGUAUGCUCAUGGGCCACCUCUCCACCGGAAAGAGGCUGUAUACUUUUCUGUGUAAUCUCGCUAAAUAACUAAAUCUUUUCACCCCAAAUUAGAUAUAAACUCGGAUAGUGGUGACCCAAUAAAAAUUGACCUGGGACCCAUUUUGGGUCCAGACCCUCAGUUUGGGAACCCCUUCUUUUUUCAUGAUAUUCUACAACUAUAGAGUUGAAUUAUCUAUACACAUACAGGAAACAGGGGCAGACCUUUAGGCAAAUGCAGGCAAUUGCCUGGGGCCCCGAGAUUUCCAGGGGCCGCCAAACGUCUCAUAAAAACAUAUUUUUUUUCUUCAAUUUAAAGUACAUGCUACUAUUUUAGGCUUAAUUCACAUGCUGAAAACUGCCAUCAAAGUGCGUAAUCUUUCAGAAGUGUUUCAACCGCUGCCCCUCCCUCCUCAGAGGGACCAUUCCAUGUUACGGCGCAUGUCCGGAAGACGGGAGCGAAGCAAGCAAACUUGUUGGCGCAUAGCUACCUCAGUGGAGCCGAGAAGAGGCGAAGGCGAGUGGAAAACAUUUUUUUUUUUUUUUUUUAAAUGGUACCGAAGGUGUCAACCUUUUUCACAGUCGCAACAAACGUAGACACAAGUACAGCAGCACCGCUACAGUCAGUGUUGAAGCUGAGAGUGGUGCUUUUCAUCACAAAGAUGUCAGUAUUUAAGCGGUAAACUCUGUUAAAAGUCGCUUCAUGUUCUUAUCAAUGACAGUAAAAGUAUUGCGAUGAUUGACUUGUUAGGUAAAAGUAAUCUCCUAGGAGGAUUUGAAGGACUUUUAUCUAGUUCUCAGGAAAAUGUGAAUUUUCUCACAUUCGCACUUGUUAGAAGGAUGCUAAACAUUAAUAUUUCAAAUACGUAGUUUAUAAACAUGGCUGUGUAACUAGCAACUUAAGCUGACAGAAGUGUCACAAAACCAGGAAAAAAUGGCCUAAUUUACAUACUCACAUUUUGUAAAAAUGUAAAAAAGAAUUUAAAAAGAUGUGGAGGGCCCUAUGACUAAAUACGCCCAAGACAGGAAACACCACAUACAUUGUUCUCCUGUCUGACUCAAAUGCAGUGUGCUUCACUACUGAUGCUUGUCACAUCAAGGACACAGCACAAGUGCUUGAAAUAGUCUCCUGGAGAGUGUCCUUGUUGAAAAUCAAAACACACACACACCAAGCUUGCAACUUCCAAAAUAGAAGCUGCUCGAGGGAAGCGUUUUCAUCUUUAAUCAAGAGGCAGGCAGUUGCCCUAAUGGCUGCUAUACAAUGGAGAAAUGUUGCAUCGGACAAUACACACACCUCUAACCACACUGGUGAGUGUGUACUUCACGUAGUCAUCUAAAUGUACGGUACGUUCAGUGUCAAUAAAAAUCAUGAUAGUCCUAACAUGAAGCAGCAUUGAUGCACAGUAUUAGUACUAUUUACUCAAUGUCUAAGUACUACAGUAGUAAUAUAAAUGGGGCGUUAGGUAGGCUGCAUACCAAGAAGAUCACAGUACACUACCUUACAAGCAACAAAUAGUAAUGUAAAUAUUUCAACUACCCACAACAAGGAUCCUCAAACUGUGGCAAGAGUACCACUGGUGGUACUUGGGUUCCAUCUAGUGGUACUCAGGAACACCAGUUCCAAAGAUUGUAAUGAAAUGAUACAAGCCACAUAUUCAAGGCCAACCUGUAAUUGUAAGCGCAGGUAGUGGAAAUGGUGGUACUUUAUGAGGCGGUGCGAGGUGUAAACGUUUUUGAAUUGACGUUGAACAGGGGUGGUCAUACUUUUCCCACCAAGGACCACCAGAAACCUUGAGAGAUGCGGUGGAGUCACUUUGAUACAUUUUGUACAUGAAGUAUGUUAAAACCACUUCCAUGUCGGUCAUAUGCUAAGUUAUCUGAAGAAAACAUCUUUCUGAGUAGUUACUUUCAUUUGUCAAGUGAAUACAUUUGAAUGUCCGCUUGUUGCCAGGCAGAGGACUCCGACCUGGCUGCCCCUAUAGGCCAAUAAAAAUAUUAGCAUUAAAACAGCCACGCCCACCAGAGACAAAACCAGGAAGUCAGUCAAAGUAUAACACCACUGAGGAGACGAGGUUUACUCAUUUUGGAACUACGGGUAUCAUCACCCUGUCUCCUUCGUACCAGAACUACUUUUUUUUUAAAUUUCGACCCCUUCCCCUUUAAGACGGCAUGUGGUCCGCAUCAUCCCGCCCCCGCUGCCUCUGGAGGUGCGCGCUUUGAAAGUUAGACCGGGGAAUUAGCGCUAACAAUGGGGAGUGGAGACCAUAGCCGGGCAGCACACUCAACCACACAAGACGGGGAGAGAGAGAGUGGGUGAAAGUGUGGGUGGGUUGGUGGGAGAGAUUGGACGGCUGCUUUGCGUGGGAGGGGUCCGGUGAUCACAACAAAGGAACACAUGAUGAGUGGACGGCUGUAGAAAUGGGAAAGAGAGGGAUGUGAUGUCAGCUGCAGGACUGGUGCGGAUGGUGGUGGUCUUCCUCUUCCAAGCCCGACCAUGCUGCCUGCAUCCAGGACGCUUCUCUUCCUCUUUGUGACGCUGCUGGUACUGGUCCUUAUCGUAGAUGAUAUCUCACAAGUGGAAGAAGAAGCUGCAAAUACUGGACAGUCAAAGAUGAACCUGCACCGGCUCAUCCCGAAACCACACAGAAAGACGAUGGCACACACUGAAAGCACUUCACUACCAAGACUCGGUAUAAUAAAUCCUCCGCAUCGGGCAUACAAUCACAGUGCCAAGCUCUCAUCAUCCAGCUGGACCUUCAACAAGACCCUCUCCAACCUCAUCAGGAAGAAUAUUCUCAGAUUCCUUGACCCGGAGAGGGACAUCUCGAUCCUUAAGGGCUCGCUGAAACCUGGCGAUAUCGUCCACUACGUGUUUGACCGCCAAAGCACCACAAACAUCUCAGAGAAUCUAUAUCGUCUUUUGCCAACCGCGUCGCCGAUGAAGAACCAGCACCACCGGCUGUGUGCCAUCGUAGGAAACUCUGGCAUCCUACUCAAUAGCAGCUGUGGCCCGCAGAUCGACUCUCAUGACUUUGUUAUCAGGUGCAACCUGGCACCAGUGGAGGAAUACUCUCACGACGUGGGCUGUAGGACCAACUUGGUGACCAUGAACCCUUCAGUGGUGCAAAGGGCCUUCCAGGACCUCAUGGACGAUGAGUGGAGGGAGCGCUUUCUGCGGCGGCUUCAGAGCCUUAGUGGCAGCGUGCUGUGGAUCCCGGCCUUCAUGGCCAAGGGGGGGGAGGAGCGCGUGGAGUGGGCCCUACGCCUCAUCCUACAGCACACUGUCAACGUACGCACCGCUUUCCCCUCUCUGCGCUUGCUCCACGCUGUCAGAGGGUACUGGCUGACCAACAACGUCCACAUCAAGCGUCCCACCACGGGUCUCCUCAUGUACACCAUGGCUACCCGCUUCUGUGAGGAGAUCCAUCUUUACGGCUUCUGGCCAUUUCCUCACGACCCGCAGGGCAAAGCGGUCAAGUACCACUACUACGACUCUUUGAAAUACGAGUACACCUCCAGGUCCAGUCCUCACACCAUGCCUCUGGAGUUUAGGACUCUGAGCGCUUUACACAGACAGGGGGCACUGCGGCUUCACACUGGGAGCUGUGAUCCAGAGACCAUCCAGCAGGAGGAGCCAGAGAGCAAAUAGCUAAGUGGAAUAUCUCCAUGGAAACACUUCCUGGUCUAACAGCACUGGCAGCAUUCCUUUAUACAACUGGAAUUAACCUAUUUUAUUUGAAUUCAGUGACAUUUUUUCAUGUCUGCCUUGUAAAGGUGGUUAACACAUUUAGCUCUCACUCGAGAGUUCACUGUGACGCACAUGCUUGGUCCAAACAGAUCCCUAAUUUCAGAGGGUUCCGCCUGACUCAAAUUCAGUGUGAUCAUGUUCUUGUUACCUGGGGCAGUCAAAUGAAGAAAAGGCUGAAUGUAGUGUUGCACGGCGCCCCAUGAGACACUACGUGGACACAAUGUGGGAGUGUAGCAGCUGUUCACACAGGACUGUUUGCACAAACAUUGCCAAUAGUCACCUCAGUUAGUCAAGACACCAGCUCUUCCUCUUCACUGGAGGAGGUUAGAAUGUCAUUUCGUAAUGAAUGUAUGAAAGGUCUAUAUUCCUAGAAAUACAAAAAAAAAGUGCUUUAAACUAAUUCCCCCUAUUAUAACCAAUAUAGGCUACAAUAUUUAACCAGGUAUGCAAGUAAGUUUGUAUUUUGCAAGAAAAAAAAGUAGCAAUUUUACUAGAAUAAUGACAUACUUAGUAAUAAAUAUUAAUAUACAAAUAAACUAGAAGAAAUCCUAUAUUUUACAUGAAUACAUUUGAAAUAUUACAAGAAUGAAAACAUCAUUUUAUGUGAAUAAAUGUGAAAUAUUACCGGAAUAAUCGUAAUAUUCGGAAGUAACAGCAUCAUUUUGUGAGAGAAAAGUUGCAAUUUUAACGUACUAAAGUUGUAUUUGGAAAUAAUAAUGUUAUGAGGAAAAAGCUCACACUAUUACAAGAAUAAAAGUGUAAUUUUGCGAGAAUAUUUUAUUAUCUUACAGGACUAGUUUAUUAUGAUAAAUUAGUCAGACUACUAUCAGGGUGUUAUGGUACGCCAUAGCAAUCACAGUUGGGUGCAAAGGUCACGGUUCGGUUCAUUUUUGGUCCAGUAGUAGAACAACAUUCAAAACAUAAAAGUGCUUAGCUUGCUAGCAAGUCAUUCUCCUUUAAAUAUAAAUAAUUCUAAAAUAUAAAUAAUAAAUAUGAUAUAUAAUGUAGUGUUUUUUGUUGUUUUGUUUUUUUUUUAGAAAAGGGCAACGACGCAGACAAGUGCAACACUAACAGUGGCGGCUCACUGCUUUUGUCUUAAGCACUUGUCUUUGUAUGUUUAUGUUCUUCACUGGGAAGGCCAAUUGUUCCCAGACAACAAAAGAGGGUCUCCUGGCUCUGGCUUCUCCUUGGCACUGUGGCUAGCCUUGACUCCUGCUAGCCAGAUGCUGGGCCGCACUGUAUUUGUUUACGGAGUAGAUGCAAGAAGCACUUCCUGUCCUUCACUUUUAAUGUGUGCCGUGUGGGAAUUCAGUACGCUUCUGUACGGAACCCAAAAACGUGAUUACGAAUACAUGUACCGUUACAACCCCAUAUGUUAUGAGACUAAAGUCUAAAUAGUAUGAAAACAUACACACACACCCUGUAUGUAUUUUUAAGAAUAAUUUCAUAAUAGAAGCAAACUAAAUGAGAUUAAAUUAAACAUUAAAACAAAAAAGUUUUGAUAUUACAAGAAUAAAGUUGUAAUGUUAUCAGAAAAAAAAUAAGAUUCUAAAAGUUCUACUUUGAAUAAUGUGGUAAUAUUACGAUAAAAAUGUUAUAAGAAUAAAUUCCCAAAAGUAAAUUUUUGGAAAUAAAUUCUGCGCCGGCUGUGUUAAUUUUGACAUUCACUUUUGAAUGCAAUUGCAACGUUUUUAAUCAUAACAUGUCGAUAUGUGCCCUGCGAUUGGCUGGCGACCAGUCCAGGGUGUACCCCGCCUGUCGCCCGAAGUCAGCUGGGAUAGGCUCCAGCGUACCCCCGCGACCCUAAUGAGGAGAAGCGGUAUAGAAAAUGGAUGGCUGGAUUACGACUUUUUCUCAUAAUUUUCUUUCUUUCCAGUGUCGCUCUAAUACUGCUUUAUAACUACAUAUUUACAUUUUGUAGUCUUACUUGAAACUCACAACCUUCAAAAACCACAACAUGAACGUCUUGUAUGUGUGGAAUUCAUCUAAAUUAUAACAGAGUUGUAUAAGCUCUCUAUUAUCUUAGGGUUAGCUUCUAUUUUAGCUUACAUAUUUAGGUUGUCUCCAAGUAAGCACUUUUUUAGCCUUUUUUGCAAGGUAAUAUGAAGAUAAAGGUUAAGAAAAAUAUUCAAUUAAUAUAUUUUAUUUCUGUUUGGUAGCUUGUAGUGAACCCCCCCCCCCAUGUGACGUGUAAGUACAUGUAGAAGCGUUGUCGUGACAGGAUGCGCCUGUUGAGUUACACAUGGCCUCAAUGCACUGCCAGUUAAGUUAAGAAUAGACAUGAAAGUUGCACAAAGGACGUCAGCAGUCGGACGGCGGUGAAUGCCUCUUUUUGUGGAAAUCUAGACAGUUCCUGUCGUAACAGUUUGGUAAGGUGGGGUUGCUUUUUCUUUCUCUAUGUUGUCCUAAUUCCAACAAAUAAUAUUAUUAUGUGUGCUUUGCUUUUCUUGAAACAUCAAGAACAACAAAUGUAUCUCAUUCAUUUGACAUUUAAAUUGUGCAGUUACGACAAGAUGAAUGUAUUUUUGUGUAAGUCUUAAGAGAAAAGCACUUCAAAGGUGGUUUUAUUAUUUCCGAAACAUGAAAACUGAGGGGGCUACACUUGUGGCUACGCUUGAAAAACCUCUAUGGGAAACCAAGCAGGGAUGCAUUUCAAAAGCAUUCUUUCUUUCACAAAUAGGCCUAAGGAAAUAAGCGAGACUCUUUGAAUAGCUCACACAAUUAUACUGAGUUAUUUUACAGGAGGAAUAGUAGGUGGACGCAAUCAAAUUUCACUGGAUAAACAUUUAGCUAUGAUGCAAUCCUGGGAUAAACGGCAACCUUGUACACUGAAAAUACAUCAUGUACCACCAAUGAACAGGAUGUAAAACACCGGUCUCAAACUUUCACUUUCAAAUCUGUUUGUAUGUUAAAAACUGAAAAUAAAACUACUGCAAUGGUGUUGGGUAAAAAACAACAAAAAAGUAUUGGUCCUCCAGGAAAGAUGUGACUGAAAACAAGAUCAAUGUGAAUAACAGUUGGAACGAAACCAGAAGGUCACUUAUUAAAAGAUCUUUGCAGAACCUUAGCUCCCAGUGGUUGAUGAUGUCAAUCCUUCUACAUGAAUAUGGUAUUUAACAAAGCAGCUAUUCUUUUCUGGUUGGUUGUGGGGAACACAUCUAGUGCAGAGCGCUGGAACAGUUAAUCGAUGAUUAAUCAGGAUCUAUCUUGAUAUUCAGUUAAUCAUUUUUUAUUUAAAAAUGUAAAUAUCCUCUGAUUUUUGUCUCUCAAAUGUUAAUAUUUUUUAAUUUCCUUAGCCAUCCAUGAAUGCCGACCUACUGUCUUUGUGUUUUAGGCAAAACAAGAUAUUCACACACACAUCAUCUCUGACUUUAGAAAACAGUCAUUAACAUGUUUGCCUCUUUUCUGAUAUCUUGCGGAUAGCGCUGUCCACAAUGGCGCAUUGACUAAUUUAAUUACUUUCACAUUUUUAGCGUCAUCAAUGCAUGCGCAUCUUGUUGGAGCCACAAUAGUGUCCCACAAAGUCACACAUAGUCUACCGCUCUUUAAUAACUUUAUUCUGACCUGAACACAUCAACAGCAGUGCAAUUCCAACACCAUAUAUUAUAUGUACCUCCAACUCACAAACAUCUCUAGUCAACUCGUCCUGGGAAAGACACUUCCUCAUUGUGACUAGACAACAGAGAGGUGCAUUCACUGACUCUGAAAAUCACAACAAUGUGUUUAUUAUGCCUUAUGCUUGUAUGUGUGGUCUGAAUAAACAGACAAACAAAGGAAAAGAGUACCCAAAACAUGUGAAUUCAACCCUUCAUGGCUCAUAUAACGCUGUUAAAGGAUAACUGCACUGACCUUGAAUUUCAACUGAAUUUUGCCCAUCCUCCACAAUCCUUAUGUGAGACAUGAGCACACGUCUUUCUCUUUUCAGUGCGUUCUAAAGAUAUAAAAACAGGUAAAAAGAGUCAGCUAAGAAUGUAUGUAAUGGGACGCACCUAUGUGGGUGGCGGGAGUAGUGGGACAUUGCCGUGAGCCGCUUCACUGACACAUUUUUUAAAUCAUUUUUCAAUUUUUGCCAACAUCGGUAAGUACCUUUAUCCAAGUCUCGCACAGUAAAGCACGGCUUGCGAUGACAUAUAGGUCGGAUAUAUGCGACCUGACCGUUCAAACUGCAGUAGAUCGGAUACAUAUCGGAUUUAUAUCUACAUACGAACGAGGCCUGGGUCGCAUUGGAAAAAAAUCGUAAUUUUACUGUUCACACUGACAUGAAAAAAUCAGAUAUAGGUCACAUAUAUGCAACAAAAUCAUAACUGACCUGCAGUGUGAAUGUAGCCUUGGUGUAGUGUUCGUUUCUAUGUUGCUAUGUGAAGUCGACGCGUCCAGGAAGAUAGUUUCGGUAAAGCUUAAAAUGACCAAAAUACGACAAAAUACUGUGUUAUGAAUGUGCCCAUUAGUACAUGGCCACAGCAUGCAUAUAAAACCAUAAAAUGUCGUUAGAGGUGUUUUAAUAGCAGGCUUUGUAGGCGGAAUAGGUGUGUCCCAUUACCUGCAUUAAUGAGCUACUUCUGUUUUUCUAUCUUUAGAACACACAGAAAAGAGAAUGUUUAUGUCUCACAUAAGGAUUGUGGAUGAUAGGCCAAAUUACCCCACAAAAUGCAGUUUUCCUUUAAAGUGUGAUUCAAAUGUUCUGCUACUAUUAAAGAUACGUUAAGUAAAUACAUUUUCAGACAUGCGGUAUCUUUUAGCUUGAUUCAUUUUUCUGUUUAUUUGGAGCUGUUCAUACACACAUACUGUUCAUAAAAUACUACAAAAAUGGGCAUAUUUCACACAUAGUGGCAAAUGGUGACUAAUCAUAAAUUAAUUUGAAAACUGAUUAAUUUGGUUAAAAUUUUUAUUCAUUUUACACUCCUAGUUGGGGACCAAACUAUUGCGUUUGGUUCAUUUUGAUUUGGUCCGUCUACUACCUACCGAUUACUUAACUAAAGCAAGCUUCAGAUUAAUCGACAAAAAAACAAUCAUUAGUUGCAGCCCUACAAGUGUAUGCUUUAUUAUGGUGACAGUUGAGAUCACUGGCCGCAUCAUGUACUGUAUUAUUUUGCUGCUUUUGUACAGAUCAAGCAGGUAUAUAAAUCCUUUAUUUAUUUUAGUGAUCUUUCAUUUAUUAUUUUGUUAAAUUAGAGUUAUGGACGGUCAUAGGAGUUGAUGGAUCAUUAGAAAUUCAGAAUGGAGUUGCACUACUUGGCUGCGACCAGCAGAGGCACUGUCAACUGAGUCUGAUCAAGACAACCCUGGCUUGGAAACAGGAGUUUAAAACAUUCAGAGAUAUUCUCCCUUUUCUAUUAAAUAUAUAUAUAUAUAUAUAUAUAUAUAUAUAUAUAUAUAUAUAUAUAUAUAAAACCCAAUUAAGCUAGGCGGGAUAAGCGGUAGAAAAUGAGUGAAUAAACAAUUGAUCAAUGAAUUUCCCCAGAGUCGAUCAAGGAAAGGUUGUCAAAUGAGUGUUUUGUGUCUGUAUUCCAAAUUGCAUAGUUUCCCAAAUUUUGCUUUAUUUUGUAUAAGUAAGAUAUGAAAAAUGGUGUGAAUUGUGGAGCAGGAUUUAAUGCAGAGUUCAGACAGUCAGAAUUCAUUUUCUUUGGAUAAUUUCCCCCAGAAUUUAAUCAUUAAAUGUGCUCAUGAAUACUAAAAAAACUAAACAAAAGCACAUUACUCAACCUCACACGGACCAGCCUUAAAUUAGAAUGAUCAACUUUCGUGACAUUGGCCAGUGUUUUAAAUCAAGUAAGAAAAAAAAUCGAUAAAUCACAUUCAUACACAGCAAACCGUGGUACAAAUACCCAAAUAUAGUCUUUUCAAAUAUGCAAGCUACAGACGACAUACCAGCACAUUAUAAAUACAGAGGACAGUAAAAAAUAUAGGUUUACCCCAUCUAUUAUAGCAGAGAGCCUUGCACAGUAUAUAUGCACAGUAUAUAUGCACAAAAUACUUGUUAGUGUUAGUUGACAUUUGGUAUAAAAGUCAAGUUAAAUUUGUGUGCAAAUUGUGUUUAUAGUGUGUUGAACUUUUGUUGCAUGUGGACAGAACGCCAACAAUGAUGAGUGCAAGUCCACAACAAGAUGUUCUAUGUUUGUAGUAAUUCAUCCCCAAUCAGCCUAAUUGGUGAGUGGCGUUUGAGAAUGCUCGGUGGACUUUAACAUGACAAAGAGGUUAGAAAACAAUCGCGAUGUGUUGAUAAAUGCUGGCUCAUGGUCAAUGGCGAGACUUGGCAAACAUAAAAUAGUAAGAGACGUCUCAUGAGCUGAUCCACGACGAAACGAGGUGGUCAAAUAUUGGUCCAUGGUGGAUUCACCUGCAAAGACAAAACUGCUGUUACUGGCUUCAUAUAGAAAGACAGAAGUAUGCAAGUCCUAUUUGAGGGGACAGCAGGUAAAUAACAGGACGCCAUAGCUUCCCUUGAGGAAGUGCUUGUGUGUUAAGGAACAAUUGAAAGGACGGAAGGGUGAAACCUUGCGCCAACUUGUACUAUAUUUUGUCUGUCUCCACAUUUUCUGUGCUUAAAAAAAACACACUUAGAAGAGUUCGCCACAAGUUUCCCGCCCCUGGUUUAAACAGUAGCUAAGCUUCAUAAAAUCCAUUUUUACAAUCAUAAUAUUAUUAUAAUUUUUUAAAAAGGUAUAAAAAAGAUACCACUGCAUCUCAAAAAUAAACUGGCACGGUGUAGUGUGGUGAAACGUCACUAAAAAUAGGUCUAUAGGAACCAUGGGUGUGCCUUUUGAAGUCUUUAGUGGGACCUCUGAAGUCGAAAGCUUCUGUGGUGGUACAUUUCGGAAUUUGGUACAAAAUUUUUGAGGAAGCUCUGAACAGCUCUGAACACCCUCAUACAUGACAUCGUGUGAGAAAACAAAGCACCUAUCAAGUAUUCAGUUUAGUGAACAUCAAAGGGUUCACUUAUUCCCAAAGAUGCAUGACAUCAUGCAAUAUACCGUAGCAGCAUACCUCCCAAGAUCUAACUCUAGUUGUUUUGCUUUUUCGUUGGCUUUUUGCACUCCAAAAGUCAACUCGAUUGUAUUUGUAUAGCACCAAUUCACAACAGAGAUUACCUCAAGGCACUUUGUCUGCAAUGAUUUGGCGACAGAGGCAAGAAAAAAACAACGGAACCGAGACUGGGCGUGUGAGGUGGCCACCUGCCUCGACCGGUUUAAUUGAGAUGGGGAGGCAGAGGGUCCGGAGAGAAAAUAAUGAAAGGGCUCUGUACGGACUAGCUCUGCCUCCAGUAGGACCACCCUCAACAGUGAUCAACUUCUUUUUACACUUGUAUGAUGAUUAAGAAUGCUACAAAUCGAGACGCAUGAGGCAAUACACUUCAGGAAGAAGCCUUCUUUAAAGUUAACAUUGCAUUUUAAGAUUAACAGUGGUUAGCUUAUUGUUACACUUCUAUGACUGUAACAAUGUUAAAUGUUACUCAUAAGUAGGCUUUAGGUAUGAGAUUCUGAUGGUAUAACCUUGGGCAAAAAUAUCAUGGUUUGACAGUUUCACUGUAUUAUAAUUACAACUCUCUCUAUCAAAACAGUCACUUUUAAACCAUACCAGCAUACCCCCGCAACCCUAUUGAGGAUUAGGCGGCAUAGAAAACGGAUGGCAGGACGGAUAUAACAUGAUGAAAGUAGAACAUAUGUAUUUAAAAUAAAUAACAAAAAAAUAACUAAUUCUUUCUAAAAAAAAAAAAUGCAGAAAAUGCAGUUGUCAAUGCAGUCUACUGUGUCUUAAUCCUGCAACUCAAGUCAUAUGGAUAUUUUCAAAAAAAAAAAACAAAGCAAAAUGCAAAUAAAUGCAAUCAAUUGACCCAAGAAGGUCACAACAUGAAUAUAUAUUUUUUAAACUCGUAAUGUUACUUUAUUGUUUCAUAGUGGCAGGUCACACUUUUCCACAAACUUCCGUUUUCGGGACAUGUGAUUGUUGUUUGCAACCGAGACGUUGUAAAGUUGUUGUUGCUUGUUGCUCAGUGGAGAGUAAAUGCUUUAGACUACUUAUCCUCCAUUCCUGUCUCCUUCUCAAUCACAUCACAUUUGGUGACCCUCAACGUGAGUAAUAUGUCGAUCGACAACGCGCCGCCAAUGCUAACGAGGCAGCAACGCCGGUUCUAUCUAUGCCCGGCGUAUGACAACACAGCACACGCCUGUGGUUUCACACAUUGAAGCCCAGUUUCAACUACGAGGAAUAACACACGAUGUGGCAAAGUAUUUCCAUGUAGUGGUCGAGCUGGACCUCCACUUUUUGUCAUAUUUUAGAAACGGUAUGACGCCAAAUUUUUGUGGUUUUGAAACGGUGACUUUUUCAUACUGUGGUAUACUUUGAAACCGGUAACCGGCCCAUGCCUAGUCGGUUUUAUGACGACCACAGUUUGACCCUGGAUUAUAACUGUUAUUAUUACCCUGGAACAGACUAUUUGUAUUUCCACUACUGUGGGGAAAAUUGUCUGGAAAAAUUGCCAAACAUCGUGGAAGCCAUUAGAGAAAUUUAGAGUAACUAAGUGACAAAAUGUGAUGACGUCAUAUAAAUUUAAUCAUUAAAAAUAAUCGUCAGAAACUAACUGUCAAAAUAUGAUUGAUGACUUGACACAUCAGAUGACAUCAUUUUUUUAAACUGUGAGUAGAGAGGUCUUAGA